AUGGCUUCAUUUCCGCUUCCCCUGAUAAAUACUAAAUUGUACUCCGCAGUCUGUGCUUUCUGCUCCACUCUUACUGGACAAGUGAUCCCCAAGGCAGCAGCUCAAGCCCACAUACUCUACAAUGUAGUGUCUGUCUACCUCACUCACUCAACGCCUAAACUCUUACCUUUACCACCACCUCCGCCACAACCUACACCCCACGCUCCCCCUCCCCCCUCCUCAGAAAAGCUGCAUGUCGUUACAGCAUCUGAAAUUGUACUCCCAUAA